CAGCAUCGCACACUUACAAACUACCAAUAUUAUCGAGAUGACAGAACAAGGAUAUUCGCGUCUUUCUCGAAGUCUUCAAGUAAUAGCUUUUGUUUCUUUGCACACAAUCACAUAUGGAGCAUUGAAUUUACAUUUGAAUCCUCGUUUGUUGGCAUCCACAGGUGUCGUAAACAAAAAUAUUCCAGAUUGGAUGAGCUACGUGUAUAUUCUGAUGCACGCGUUUCAGUUGUUUGUGACGUAUCAUUUCAAUUUGGGUAUUAAGUGGUUUUUGAUCGCAAAGUAUCCCCUGUAUAUCCUAUUAUCCACUUAUUAUCUUGUAUCUCUUAGACAGAUCUCUUGGUCAUUUGCUAUCGACGCGCUGUCUUUGCUUGCUGCUCGAGCAGGUACCAAUAUCUUACAUCCUCGACUCUCUCGCGAUCGCACAUCGCGUACCAGUAUCACUGUUCUAUUUACAUUCAUGGCUAGUGUUUUAAUCAGCGUGCUUAAUUAUUCAACCCAAAAGUUAUAUCUCAACUCAAUUAUCCUUGGCAACGUUCGUGACGUUGUUACUAGCUUAAUUGCUCCUCCUCUUCCACUACAGUAUAUUGCGCAUGUCCCUAUUGGUUAUGUUUUGCAAAAACUUGUAUUUGAGAAGAGAAACUUACUUCAAUCCCUUGCCUUAAUGGUAUUCUUUUCCAUUUGGAAUUGCGCUAUUCCCUUUACCCUUUUGUUUUCUCCUCACUGGGUUCCUAUGUGUCAAGUAUUGUUGACUUACAUAACCCAAGCUGUGAUUGUGGUACUUAUCUGCUGGGCUAUUUCUCUAUAGAGAAUGAAAAUUUUCGUGUCCGCGAAUGUAUCUUGUUUAUAUUUUCUUUCUACGUCCAGUUUUCUGUCUUAUCUCAACAUCUACCUUAUUCCCCUUUUCGAUUGUUUGGAAAUUCCUUGACGAGUUAUCAGUUAAUGACUUCUUAAGUACGCUGUGAAUGGCAUAUCCAUUUCUUGAAUAUUCUAACCGCGUACGGGUGUAAUAUUAUCAAAUAAUUCCAAAUUCACAGUCGGUGUGGGUCUGUACUGGUUAUAUCUAAACUCACUAAAUUACUUAAUUUGUUUGUAUUUAUUUCCUCUAUUUUUCGAAAGUUUAUUAUUAUAAAGCUUACAUUUAUCGUUAACAAAGGAUAUUUGCAGGGGCUUAUAAAUCGCUGGAUUGUUUGAAUUUACUUUGAUUUCAUACAUUACCGUAGAAAUACGUUCGAUAAAUAUUAGAGGAACAUUAGUAACAAAUCUUUCAAAAGCACUAAAGGAAAUCAUAAAUUCGCUAAUUAGUAGACACAUAAUUGAAAUGCUACCAAGGACUUUCGUUCACCUCUGAUUAUAAAGGAUAUUCACAAUCAG